AUGGUCAAGACGAUUUUCGGAGGAUUUCCCCUCUCAGACCAGGCAUACUUCAACACCCACGAACAGCGCACUGAAGUCGUUGAAAUCCUAAUCAAGAAUGGCAUCAAGAACAUUGACACAGCACGCAUAUACACCGGAUCUCAAGAGGCCAUUGGCAAGCUUGAGAAGCGCAAGGAUUUCACCAUCGAUACCAAGCUGCCCGGUGGCUUCGGUCCCGGCACUGGCACAAAGGAAAAUGUCAUCAAGGACGCCCAAGACUCGCUGGACACCGUGAACAUUGAGCAAUUCGACAUCCUCUACAUCCACGCCCCAGACCCAUCGAUUCCCUUUGAGGAAACCCUCGAGGGAAUCAAUGAAGUCUACAAGAAAGGCAUCUUCCGCCGCUUUGGCCUGAGCAACUUUAGUGCUGAGCAGGUGCAGCAAGUCUACGACAUUGCAAAGGCAAAGGGAUACCCACUGCCCUCUGUCUACCAAGGAAACUACAACCCCGUCGCCCGCCACCUGGAGACGCAGCUCUUCCCCACCCUGCGCAAGCUCGGCAUCCACUUUUACGCCUACUCGCCUCUCGCCGGCGGUUUCCUAACCAAGACAGCCGCAGACCUCGACUCGGGCGCAGGCCGCUUUAACAAGGAGGCCCUAGGCGGCCUCUACAGCAAGCUCUACAACAAAGAGCCCAUCCGCAAUGCACUGUCCAAGUGGAACGACAUUGCCGAAAAGGAAGGCGUCUCCAAAGCCGAGCUUGCCUACCGAUGGGUUGCCUUCCACAGCGCCCUCCAGGGCGAUGAAGACGGUGUCAUUUUCGGGGCUAGCAAGCUGCCGCAGGUGGAGCAGACGGCCCAGUGGCUCAAGAAGGGAAAGCUGAGCGACGAGGCGGUCAAGGGCAUUGAUGCGGUUUGGGAGAGUGUCAAGGAGGUUGCGCCUGUGGAUAACUAUCAUAGCAGGGGGUAG